UUCGAGGCUGCCGGGCUGCAAAUUAAAGUGGAUACAUGCGGCUAGUACAUAGGUACCUACGGUGGGAAGGUGUCCACGACUCCACGGUGGCUGAAGGUUUAAGCUUUGGACCGGUACGUACCUGUCUAAGAGGGCGGACAAGGUGGGGGUUGGCGGGGUUAGUGACUAAAACUGCUAACCUUGAAAAAUCAUGAAUGAAUGAUUCUCAUGAUAUUUAUUAUUCUCAAACCCAGUACAGCUCAUGUUUAAUGAAGGCACUUGAGUGUAAUGAAGAGCUAAAAUUAGAUUGAGGAUUUCCCUUAUAUCUACUACAGUCCCAAGUCCUCAUAACAGACCAAGGCACCACGGUUAUUUACCUAAUAUACAUUUAGUCUAAUAGACAUAUAAUUCCACGUAGCAAGAUCCAUUUCUGGUUGAAGCUGAACCUGUCAUAAACAACACUUGACCACUAUGAAUCGAUAGUUAGAUUGACGAUAAGCUAACAAAUAUGGGCCCUGGCUGCUUCAUCCCCAUGUGCUGGUGGCCCCUCUCAUAUCUCAGCUGGAUUGCCGUCUCACUAGGUAGGUACUAUCUAGGUAUCUGCCAGGUCCUACCUACCUACAUACAUGUAGGCCGUAGGUACCUCCUCUCUUAAACCGUCUCAAACUCUCUUAAACUCUCUCAAACCGAAAACCCGGAGAAAACGAAAGUACCUAGUAGUCAUGAUGAGAUGAACGGAAUAAAUAUCGACGGAAUAUGCAUCAACUCGCGAAUUUGAGAGAGAACGGGGGUUCAGAAAGUGGUGAGACCAAGCUGAAGAUCUCGAAGCCUCUAGAUCGCUUUCCAAUAGAAAUCUUCAGCUUCGCUCACUCCCUGGAGCACAUCGACCUCUCAAAUACUGGAUUGUCGACGCUACCCGAUGACUUCGGUCGGUUAAAGAAGCUCAAGAUCGCAUUCUUCUCCAAUUGCAACUUCGCCAUCUUCCCUAAACAACUAGCAUCAUGUCCCGAGCUCGAGAUGGUCGCAUUUCGCAGCAACCAGAUGGUUGACAUCCCGGAGGAUUCUUUGCCGCCGAAGUUACGCUGGCUGAUCCUCACUAACAACCGGAUACGGUCGCUGCCCAAGGGCAUUGGUCGAUGCUCGCGCCUCCAGAAGUGCAUGUUGGCCGGGAACCAGCUCAGUUGCCUGCCGGACGAGAUGGUCGCAUGUAGGAAACUCGGUCUGCUACGACUCUCGGCGAAUUGCUUUGAAGAAUUGCCAGAGUGGCUAUUUGACCUACCGGAACUGGCCUUCUUGUCCUUUGCCGGAAAUCCGUGUUGCUCGUUACCUGCGACGUCGAAGGAUGCCCGUGACACCACACCGUCUAACUUCCUCCCCGACGUUAGCUGGGCUGAUCUCGAUAUCCGCGAUAUUCUUGGCGAAGGCGCAUCGGGAACGAUCUCGAAAGGGUCAUGGAGCGGUAUCGAUCAGGUUGAAGAGGUAGCCAUUAAGUUGUUCAAGGGUGAUGUUACGAGUGACGGAACGCCAACCGAUGAGAUGGAGGCGUGCAUGAAAGCCGGAUCGCACAUGAAUCUCAUAGAUCCCCUGGGGAAGAUUACUGAUCAUCCAACCAAGAAAGGGCUCGUCAUGCAACUUAUCCCAACGUGCUACAACACCUUAGGGCUGCCACCGUCUUUACAGUCAUGCACGAGGGAUUGCUUCUCGCACGAGAUCAAGUUGACCACGCGCCAGGGUCUAAAGAUCCUUCAAGGUGUCGCUAGCGCGGCAAGACAUCUGCACGAACGAGGCGUAGCACACGGCGAUUUGUAUGCGCACAAUAUUCUUUAUAACGAAGAAGGGCACGCAUUUCUAGGCGACUUCGGUGCCGCAUCUAUAUAUGGGAACAUAAAUCACAGGAAGGUCGAGCGACUCGAGGUGCUCGCCUUCGCUCACCUAAUCGAAGAUGUGUGGAGCGUCACGAAACAUAAAUUCGACGAGGAAGAGCUGCGAAUUGCCAUGCUCCUCGCGGCUCUGCGUCGACGAUGCUCGAAUCCUACCAGCGGCCAGCGGCCAGACUUCUGCGAGAUCAACCGGCAGUUGAGCGCGAUGAGCAGUAGUGGCUGCUAUAACGCAGUUGAGGUUGUGCCCGUCAAUGCUACGUUAGACACACAACCAAAGAGAUGACGAGCGCGUUCGGUUGGGUCCUCCACAGUCCGAGAACCACAAUUCGGGCUUUGCAGAUCGGGAUUUCCAUAAUCCAAGGCCUAGGAAUUCCUGGAAAGGUGUGAGAAGCGUGGGAAACAUGGGAAGCGUGAGAAGUGUGGGAAGUGUGAGAAAGAGUCACGGGAGUACAUAUCCAUGUGUUGUCCAGGUCUAAUUUUCGCGGUUACAGUUUUCUCGUGGUACGGUAUGGGGUGGUGCCAGGUGGUUAAUGCCGGAGCAAGUAAUAAAUUCGCAAUUAGCGGCCAGGGACAGGGGGGAAGGAGAGAGAAGUUCAAAAAGUGACGGUCCAAUGAGGAUCGAUAGAGCGGGCAAAUCUUGCUAUAAAUCAUAGAACCUAGACGAUAGAUUAGAACUUGUCACGUCAUCUACCACAUGGCAUUUUAAAGAUCCGAGAUAAUAGAUAUAAGUAACAAAA